AUGCCUGGUGGAAUCAUGUUGCGACGCAUUACCUUCUACAACACGAUGCUUGGAAGUCAGCAGGUGGAGGAACAGUAUCUGAAUUCCCGCUACCAGAGAGAGAAGAAACCACCGCCGCAGCAGCUUGCCCUGAGUCCUGCAAUGAAGAAGUCUGCGCCAUAUCUUUGGAUUCACGGCUCCUUUCUGUGUGAAUUUGCAGACUGUUUCAUCUCUAGUGCAGGUGGCGAUUUGGUUCAUUUGCUUCGCUCCUUUGUCAUCGGUCUGGAAGGUGCCUGCAAGAGUGUCGGCGAUGGGCCUUCUGGUGGGGCCCCACUCUGGUCGCCUCAGCAACAGACAGUUCUGCACGACAUUGUGGAACUAUUUCAGAGGUCCGAACCGCUCUUCAAGAAGUGGCAGCCACUCUGGACAGCAGAGGACCAUGCAGUGCCUUCCUUGGCAGCAUCAUAUGUGCGGCGUCUUCAGACAGUGCGACAAAAUCUCCGCAAUCAAGGCGGACGUUUGCUCAUACCCCUUGGCAUCAAGACGUUGGACAUUGGCUCCCAGAUGAUCAUGCUCAUUUUGGAGAAACAAGAUGGACAGACCUAUCGACUGACCAUCAUCAACUCCGGAAUGCCUGGUUUAGAUUGGCAUGCAACCUCUUCUGCUGAACCACCGAAGUUCAAAAGUCAGGCAGCGUUGGCAUUCGACAACAUCCCCAGUUGGAAGGCUGAAGACGAUGCAUUUUGGGCUAUGCUAGUCGUCACCUCUGCGAUACCACCGAGCCCGAUGAUGGCCAAGGAACCUCUUCCAAUCUAUGACAAAUUCAUCCCAUGGCUCAUCGGGUGUCCCUUGGAGCACUACUUGGUCACAAAUGUCUAUGCUUUUGAUGGCCAGGCGCCUGAGCAGGAACAGUGUGAAGCUGGUCAGGAUCUUCGAACGCCCCAAUAUGGUGGCACUGGCGCGUGGCGUUGCAUGACCUUUGCCUUGCGUUUUCUGCUAAGAGAUGCCGGCCUGCCGGUGGUGGGCGCAAAGUUCAUGAAGUGGCACUUGCGGCGCUCCUUUUUGAAACUCGCCAUCAAGGACCUUGCCUCCGCCAGCGCACUCUCCACUUCUGAGCGCACGAUAUUGAGGAUUGCAGCGAAACAGUUUGCCCUGGGAGCUGUGAAGGUGAGCAAUCGGCUGGCCUACGAUGCUCCAGAUCUGGUUGGUGCAGCGGAAAGACUUUUGUGUGAUGCUCGAGCUGUUGUGUCGGAGUUGGAGGCUGCCGUGAAUGCCAAACCAGGUGCACAUCAUGUUUGGAACGAUCCUUCCGUUUUGCCAGUUCUGGAUUUACAGAGUGGAGCAGAGGAGCAGCAGCCAGAGGCCUGGGGGCUGCACCCUUUCUUUGAGCGGCUUUUGCGGACAGACGUCAGCCCUGGAGCUGCAACUGGAGUGCCACUUUUGGUGCCAAUCAAUUUGCUGCAAGUUCCCACAGUGGUGAAUGACUUGGACGAGGUGCAUCGCGCAUUGCAGCUCUGUGAAAUCCUAUGUGCAAAGCUCGCCUUUGUAGGCAAGGAGCGCUGCAAGUUUUCCCCAUACCUGCGGGUGUCGCUCCUGCAACAUGUCUUCACAGAGCUCAUCCCGCUUCCCCUUGGCCCAGCAACACAGAAAGCACCUUUGAACCUACGUGAUCACAUUUGGGCACCUGAAGGUUGGGAUGCUGUUCAUCCACAGAUGACCCGCGCCUGCCAAUUGGAGCUGUUGCUGAUUCUUCGCCGGUUAGCAGAGCACUUUGCGGCAGCAGCCUGCACGCUUGCUUCAAACAAAGGCUUUGAUGCUACAAAGAUCACUGUAUUUGGUGCCAUUGCUACAAUCGCUGACCGCGUAGCUAGAACCACGGUACGAAGAUCGCGCGACACCGGGGCAGAAGAGGGUCCGUCUGGACUUACGGAGGCUCUGAAUGGAACUCUUGGUGGACGGCCUGUGGCCGUCGAUCCAAAUACAUUUCUUGUGCAGUCGGAAACAAUUGAAACUGCAGCACCAGAGCUCAAUUUGGCUCGAACUGCAAUUUGUGCAUACUUUUGCGAAGUGAUGAGCCACUACGAAAUCAAAAAGUUGAAGGAUGAAACGCUCUUUGAUUGGGACACCUAUGGAUGGAUGAUGUAUGUGGAGAGAGAGAAAGGCCUUGAACGAAUUGUGAAGCAAAUGUGUGCAAAGCACCUUUUGGAGACUGGCAAGGAUUGGGGCAAGCUCGUUGCUGGCAAUCAAUCAGAAAAUGCCUACCUGGUUCGAACGUGGCCGGAGUUUGCUGCACUUCGAGACAUCAUGUUCUUUUGGAAGUACUUCUUGUGCACUGACCUGCGAGUUUUCCCAGACACGAGUAACUGGUCGCUCCAGGCGGCGUAUCUUGCAUGGAAUGUUGCCAAUGAGAACGAGGUUUUUGGACCACCAACUAACAGGGGCGCCAUUUUUCAGGUCAGCGCUUUUGGUCAGGAUCACGUUUUGAAGACCAACGAGCCAAAUUACAGGCCAAAGCCUUCUGCUAGUGGCCAUCGCUAUGCCAGUGCCGCAUUGGCCUCCAAGUAUACUGGUCGGGCUGUUGUUCGAACGGAGGAUGACUUGCUCUAUUUGCGAUCCUUGCCAACCUUUGAGGAUCGGUUGCGACCUUCCGAUGCUGAGGCUCUUUUGUCUUUUCUCACAGUCCCGUACAUUCGAAUGCCAUUAAUGCUGGCGUUUUUCACCUCUGCAGACCGAGUCAACUGCUUGUUCAGUGAUACGCUGCGUUCUAUACUGCAUGCGGUCAUCCUGGAGCCCGGCAAGUUUCUCAUGCCUGGGCGCUGGCAUGAUUGCCCGCAAAUGGUUCCAGCUGCAAGCGCAGCAGAGGCUGAGUUAUUGGCCACCCCGUUUGGACAGCUUCUCACCGAGCUUUCUUGCUCGCCAAAAAUGCCGUUGUCACUCUCUGGCCGCUUGCUGGAGCUUGCACUCGUUUUGGCAAACUCAGUAACAUCUGACACUGUUGGAGUGGUUCUGUUUGCGAUCCGGGUGGCUGCACGAGUGGAAUCAGCAACAUCACUGCUACUUCGAGCCCACAGCGGUGGCAUUCGAUCCUCUCCCUUGCUGGCAGCAUCGUUGAAUAUGAGUGAGAGUGUUCUUGGAGAACUCCGGGCAGGGAAGCAAUACUUACGCCGGCUAUUCUCUGAAGCCUUUCAGUGGAUUGAUACCUGGCUGGAUGAGCUGAAGGACCUCAUUAAGAAGGAAGCUGGUGCUCAAGAUGCGGGACGACCAGAGGCCCAGCGAGCCAGAGAGGCCGAAACAAAGCAGAAACGGGUGGACGAACACAUGCGAUGCGCCUGCAAUUUGCAUGCGCACUCCAUCUUGAUGCUUCGGAACGUUGACCUGGAAGAAGACGGCCCCUCAACAGUUUGCAGCCUGCUCUCAUCCUUCGCCUUCCUGUCAAUGCAUCACACCUUCAACCUUCAAGAUGGACUUGACAUUCCAGAGCCUGAGCUCUUCGAGAUUUACCACCGCCAUCGUCGACACCUUGUUGUUUGGUUCGAGAAGAGAAUGGAGAAGAAGGAGUACAAGAAUUUCAAUUCAGUACUCCAGACAGUCCACGAGCAGUUCUCUGCUUUGGAUGCAGCAAGCUCUAUUGACACCGCUGAGUUUGAAUGGGGUUCUAUUGGAGGUGACAUUCACAAUGCAGGGCGCUAUUGUGUGGUAGGCCGCAAGCGUUCUGAAGCAGAGCGUGGGGAGAUUACAAGCGUCACAGAGGACAAGUCUGGUGCAACAUGGGUGGAGCUCAACGUGCAGCUGCUUCAAGUGACAGUUCGAGGUCGAUAUGUGACCCCACUGGAGGAGGAGACCUCUGGGCACUCGGACUUCAGGGACAUUCUUCGUCUCCGUGGCCGGGAAGCAAAAACGGUGCAAUGUGCAGCGCUCCUUUCAACUGAUCUUGUGAAGGUGAGGGAGCUGCUGUCCUUUCCAUUCAGGACACUUCAUUGGAUGGAGCGUCCAAGCAAUGCACUUCCUGUGCUGACAGAUGCAGACCGUAUCUAUGACGUCGAGGAUUUAGAUGCAUCAGAGGGCUUCAUCGCCGAACUCUUUGAGCCAGUGCGACGGCAAUUCUUUGCCCAACCAGUUGUGCCUCAGGACAUUCUCUUUUUCCUCCAGGAAGAAAUUCCAGAAGGAGCAGCUGUGGCUAUGCUGACAGGGGUGCAUCCCAGGAUUCGUGGACGCGUGUGGAAAGAGGUUUUGGUAUUCCGGGAGCUCCGUGUUGUUCACAUCUAUGGCAUCCUGAACUAUGGUGGACAGUGCUACCGGCGACUGGAGUACACGACGAACUGCAAGUACGCAUUGUCAGGCCUGCAGCCGGCUUUCCAGAAUCGACCAUCACCGUGGCCAGAAUGGGGACGUCAUCAGGCUGGCAAACCAGAGACUGAGCCCAAGAAUUUCCCUCCGAGUGUCGUACUUUCACGAACCCUGGUGCGUCGCACACCAAGCAAAGGAACUGGGGAAGAUGGGCGGGAACCACUGGACGAUACAGAGCAAUGGUCUGAUGGGGAUGUCAGCGAGGAGGAGGAUGAUGAAGGUGAACGAACAGUGUGGGAACGAGCACAACGCGAAGGGGAGCAGUAUUUGCCCCAGCGAGUUCUGGAGGGACUUCUUCCUGAAGCACUUCUGAAGACAUAUCGCUUUUACCAGACCAACUCGUGGCCCCAUCGUGUGAUCCAUGGGUACAAGUUGAACGAGCAGAAGGAAGAGGAGGAGGAAUCUGGAACCCCGCAGCACUUUGUGGAGGUUGGAAAAACGUUGCUGGUAGCACUGUGA